AUGAACGUCAUCACUCAUUCCCUACUCACCUUCUUUGCUGCGUGCCGUCCCCGCUUCCCGCUAUACCUCCCCCCCCUCACUUCGUUCCUACCUUUUUUCCUGCCAUGUUUCCAACCCGCACACGCCAGCACACCCACACGCCAGCACACCCACACGCCAGCACACCCACACGCCAGCACACCCACACGCCAGCACGCCCACACGCCAGCACACCCACACGCCAGCACACCCACACGCCAGCACACCCACACGCCAGCACACCCACACGCCAGCACACCAGCGACGAAAGCAGCUAUGCCCUUCCUCUCCAUUUUCUCUUCUGCUCCCUUCCUCGCAGCAUACACACUUCACAAUGCUGCUCCUGCUGCUCCUCUUGUCGCUGCUGCUCUCCCUCAUUGCCUGCUGGGCGAUAGGGGUCAAACAUUGCCAGCCACCUAUUCACACACCCCCUUCCUCUCCCCCCCCCUCCUUCACUUUCGCACAUCACAGCGCUCACACCUGCGCCUGCUGCCCUCCUCGCUGCACAUGUUGCUCUGCUGCAUUGACUGCAGGGCGCAUGCGCACUUCACAGUGCUGCGCCUGCUGCUCUCCUCACUGGACGUGCUGCUGUGCUGCAUUGACGAUUGGGUUCUCAAGGGGAACCGCCUCCCAGCGCUGACACACGAGUUUUUUCUUAAAGACAACCUUAAACCCUUGCCAGUCCCCGCCAGCACCAUGCCUUCCCCUCGCACCACUACAGCGACUGCCCCAGCUACAGCCACCACCACCACUAUCCCCACUGCCCCCACUGCCACCGUUGCCACCGCUACCACCACUAAUGCUACUGCCACUGCCCCCACUGCCCCGAUCAGUGCCGAAAUGGGAUGUCUCAGCAUACCCACCGCCCCCGGCACUGCCCCUGCCGCCCCCCUCCACCCGCACUGGCCGGCGUUUCUCGUCCCGGUGCUGGCAGACAUACAGGCCGCGGAGCAGGGCGUGCUGUUCCUCAAGCACAUGCAGGCGCGGGGGAGGAAGCAGGGCGCAGAGCAGGGGAUUGGAAGGAAGAUUUUUGAGUCAACUGAAAAGCCGGUGCUGGAAGACAUUCAGGCCGCGGAGCAGGGCGUGCUGUUCCUGAAGCACAUGCAGGCGCGGGGGAGGAAGCAGGGCGCAGAGAAGGGGAUUGGAAGGAAGAUUUUUGAGUCAACUGAAAAGCCGGUGCUGGAAGACAUACAGGCCGCGGAGCAGGGCGUGCUGUUCCUGAAGCACAUGCAGGCGCGGGGGAGGAAGCAGGGCGCAGAGCAGGGGAUUGGAAGGAAGAUUUUUGAGUCAACUGAAAAGCCGGUGCUGGAAGACAUACAGGCCGCGGAGCAGGGCGUGCUGUUCCUGAAGCACAUGCAGGCACGGGGGAGGAGGCAGGGCGCAGAGCAGGGGAUUGGAGGAGGUGGGAGCGGAGGGAAGGUGAGCGGGGGAUUGGGGAGCAUGGGGAAGGAGAGCAGGGGAGGGUGGAGCACGGGCGUGGGGAGCAGAAGUGGGGGGAGCGUGAGGAAGGGAACAAGGAGAGGGAGCAGCAGGGCUGAGGCGGGGCAGCAGCAGCAGCAGCAGCAGCAGCAGCAGCAGCAGCAGCAGCGAGUGGGUGAUGAGGGUGCGGGUACUGCCUCCGCCUCCACGUGCCUUGACUCGCCAGCAGCCAAGAGGCUCAUUUCCGCGCACCUGUACCGCGCCCUCUACACACACCUGCAACCCACAUCGCUGUCAGCUGCGUCUGAGUCAGGAUCAGAAGAGGAAUGCUCGGUGGGGGAAGGGUACUUGGAGCAAGGCUAUUUGAUGGCGGAGGAGGGAGAAGCGAGAUGUCGGGAUGAGGUGCAUGGCAGCGGAGUGGCAAGAGGAUACGGAGGAGCAGCAGAUGGUGGGGCAGCCGGAUGGGGAGGAGAGGGGUGCAACGGGGCAGGAGGGUACGAGGCGUCGUACUGGCUGUGGAGGGGCGGUGUGGAUGACUCUGCGGACUGGAUGGAAAUGGGGUGUGAAGGGGUGCAAGGCGUGGUGAGAGGGGUGGCAAGGGGGGGUGAGGUGAGUGGGGCUAGGGGUGGUGAGAGGAAUGGCAAGGGGUGGAGAGGGAAGCAAGGGGUGGAGAGGAAUGGCAAGGGGUGGAGAGGGAAGCAAGGGGUGGAGAGGAAUGGCAAGGGGUGGAGAGGGAAGCAAGGGGUGGAGAGGAAUGGCAAGGGGUGGAGAGGGAAGCAAGGGGUGGAGAGGGAAGCAAGGGGUGGUGCACCGAUUUUGGAGGAACAAGUGAGGCUGGGACGAGUGAUAGCGAGGGAGGGGGGAGAGGAGGAGGAGGAGGAGGAGGAGGGGGAGGAGGAGGAGGGGGAGGAGGAGGAGCGGGAGGAGGAGGAGGAAGAGGAGGAGGAGGAGGAGGAGGAGGAGGAGGAAAGUUGGGAGGAGGAAAGUUGGGAGGAGGAGCAGCAGCAGCAGGAGCAGCAGGAUGAGGAGGAGGAGGAGGCGGAAUGGGAGGAAGGGAGCAAGGCAGUGACGGCGCACGAGGCUCAGCUCCGCCUCAUGCUCUGGCUGCAGUCAGCUUGCGAAGCUUCUCCAGAGUCUGGUGCUGGUGGCGGUGGUGGUGGUGGUGGUGGGGCAGAGGCAGCGGAGAGGGUUCUGGAUGAUCCUACUCGCCUGCUGCAGCAGUGGAUACAUCCUCCCAUUCAAGCGUGGGCCGCACUGGUGGCAGCAGACACGGUGCGAUGCCUCAAGACGCACUGUGGCAUCAUGGGGACUCUUGAGGCUCUGAGGGACGUUUUCUUUAUCGGUGGAGUCUCAGUGGCGCCUGUGUUCCUGGGGGAGCUAUGGAAGCAGAUGCGCAGCAACGUGCUGCUGCCGGCACACAGCACCGAAUCCCUGCAGCAACUCAUGGACGGUUUCCUCGCUACAGCUGCACAUGGCGACACCUCUCCUCCGCCCUUCACUGCAAUCACUGUCACACUCCGCAGCAAAGCCUAUGACUCCCCCACUCUCACAACCUCACACUCUCCCCUCCACGCACCCUCUCCCUCCACCACCCCACCCACUGAUCUACUGCCAACUGCCACACCAUUGAAUCCUUCACUUCCUUAUGCCACUUUCACUGCCACUCCUUCUGCCGCUCCUUCUGCCUAUGCCAAGCCGUUCGGCUCCCAGCCUACUAGCAAGGCCGAACCUGCAACUCCCGCCAGGUUCACUGCCCAUGCCGGACCUAUACCCUUUGCCGUGCCUCCAGCCUCGGUGUCAUCCAAACCUUUCACCGGACCUACUGGGUCAUCCUUGCUUGCGGGACCUACUGCUCGUGCCGGGGCUGGUGGCGCAUCAGGUGCCAAAGCCUCAACGCCCAUGCCCAGACCUGGAGGUUCGGGGAGCGGAGGUGGUUCGGCGAUGCAGGUUCGGGUGACAGCAAUGAUGGAGCUGCUGGAAAGGAUCCACAUGAAGCCUGAGCUGGAGUGGCCUCUAGACUUCCUCACGCACCCUGCAGCAUGUGCCAAGUACAACCAGCUCUUCUCGUUCUUCUCCAAGCUCUCUCUCGCCAAAACGGCUCUCACCGCCACCAAAUCACGCAUGCUGCAGGAGCGGCAGUGCUUCGGUGAUAUGCCCAUGGCGGCACAGAGGGAGCUGCUGAUGGUGCAGCACAUGCAGCACGCCCUGCACGCCAUCCACUCGUACCUCAUGGCCAAUGCGGUGACAGCAGCAUGGCAUGAGCUGCAGACGGCUAUGGGCAGAGCAGCAUCCGUGGCAGUGACAGCAGCAUGGCACGAACUGCAGGUGGCCAUGGGCAGAGCAGCAUCCGGGGCAGAAGCGGUGACAGCAGCAUGGCACGAGCUGCGGGCGGCCAUGGGCGGAGCAGCAUCCGUGGCAGCAGUGGUGCAAGCACACCACCGCUACCUUCACUCCAUCCUUGAGGGAUGCUUCCUCGUUAAUUCCACCAACAUGGGCAAGGCCAUCACGGGUCUGAUAGUUUCUCUGUCCAGCAAGACCCUUCUCUUCUGCGCGCUCUACCACUCCCGCCGCUCACUGCAGCGCCCACACUCCAUGUUAUCGCCCACUGCAUCCGCCACCACUUCUGCCACCAUGCCUAGUGCUAGCAGCAGCACUCCAAUGCGCACACACACCAGUAGCAGCAGCAUUCCCGCAUACACACCCACUGCCAGUGGCAGCAGGGGGGGUGGCAGGGCGGCAGCGGAGGAGGCGGCAAUCAAUGCGGAGAUUCAGCAGCUGGGAGAAUUUUUCCAUGCUGACGUGUCGGCCAUCCUGCAGGUGGCUCGCAACCAAGCAGAGAAGCUGCCGUCGAGCAUUCGGGACCUUCUGCAGCAGCUGAAUUACAACCGCUUCUACGGAUGA